AUGUCAUUGAUGCGUUGCAUACCGGGCAAGUGCACAUGGACAGAUGCUUGUUGUAGUGGCUUUUCAAAGGUCAUCGGCGCAGCACCACUGAAGGAUGCAUUGCUCAAAGAGGACAAAAAAGAGAAAUGGGAUUCUCAAAGAGACGAGAAACUGGAUUCGAGUUUCUGCUUAGAAAAUCGGCCUGUGAACAUCGUAAACGACAGCGAGGUGAAUGGCUUUCGGCCUUUGUCUGAGCCAAUCACGAUUGAGGUAAAUGAGUGCAACCUUGCCCCGUUCUCUUUGCCCCAGGAAUGCUUUAGCUACGUGCCAGAACCGGGCAUGGUAGUUUGUAGCUUUGAAAAUGGUGAGUCUGAGAGAAUGAUCUCAUGCAACACAGAGCUCUCAAAGGAUGAGCUGUCUAUGUUGCAGAAACUUCAAGAGGAGGCAGCACUUCAGAAAAGGGCCUUUGUCCCCUCCCUCAGCGUCGCUGCCGUCCGCUACUUGGGCGACACAGGUGAUGUUCAAGAAGCUCUACAGCGCAUGAACGAGACGCAAGCCUGGCGCCUCUCCUAUUUCUCUUCGCCCAUUUCGGACUCCUCCGUCCUGGACGAUCUGUCGAAAGGUUUCAUCUACUUCUGUGGCCGAGAUGCGGCCUUGCGGCCUGCCUUGGUGAUGCGAGCCAGUCGGGUGCCUUUUGGGAUUCCGGCCGAACAGUUCGGGCGCCUCUUCGUGUUCUGCAUGGAAUACUUCCUUCGCUACAUGGUGCUUCCCGGAAGGGUCGAAAAUAUCGUCGUCAUCGUCGAUUUGAAAGACAUUUCAUAUAGCCAAAUGCCUACAGUAUCUGCACUGAUGGAGCUCAAAGAAGUUUUGACCAAGCAGGAUGCUGGACGGGUGUUCUGUUUCUACGUGUGCAACAUGCCAUUCAUUGUCCGCGCUUUGACCAGUGUUGUUCAAGCAGCGAUGACGGAGAAGCAGCGUCAGAAGAUGCGAUUCGUAGACGUCUCGGAGCUUGUCCAGGAUUUUGCCUUGAACCAGUUGGAGGAAGAUCUUGGUGGCACCCGACGACUUGAAACGACCUUUUUUCCAUUUCCUUUGCCUCCAGGCCCUUUUGCUGCUGGAUCCUCAGAGGUGAUGGAGGCCGUGCCGAACCUCCAUCAGCUGAUCACAGCUGAGACCGCCCGCGGGCGGCUUUGGGACGUGCGCCGCAGCAACAGGGCCAAUCGGCGCUUGGAGCUCUCAGAAGCGGCGAGGGCAGAGCUCAAAGGGCUCCGAGCGCUUGAAGUGGACGAAGUGGAAAGUGGAGAAGAAGACAGACAUCGAGGGAAUCCUCGGAAUUGGACAAAAGACAAGAUGGACAAAGAAGAACAGAGUAAUUGGAUGGAUUUAUUGAAGGAUGGCACAGUAGGUGGGGCUUGUCGAAGGGAAGGAAGUCCUCAAAGAGGACAGAUCAAGCCAACUUCCCAAUCUUCGCUGGAAAACCAGCAGGUGAAUUCACAGUGCAUGUUUUUGUGUCCUUUUUGCAGGGUGGGCAUUCAUGUCGCUCGAUGA